GGGGCGGAGCGAAAGAGGUGCGGCUGCCCAAGCUCAUGGCGGUGCUGUUGGUACGGUCUGGCCGGAUGAUGCGGCCACCGGUUGGGUCACUUUGGCGUCUCUUGCCUCGCGGACUCUGGCUUUGGGGCCCGGCGGAGGGGACCGCAGGAGUUUUUCUGAGGCAGUUCUGCGCGCGGCCGAUGGACGUGCGGCGGGCUUCGGGGCUCGCUGGCAACUGCCUGGGAUGCCGACUCCUUAGCACAGCGAUGCCGCCACCCCCGGCGUCGUCAGGGCCCGAGCCGAAGAGAAGCAGAGACCCCACGCGCACCUCGAAGCCCGGGCCUGUUUCCUGGAAGUCUUUAGCAAUCACGUUUGCUAUUGGAGGAGCUUUAUUGGCUGGAAUGAAGUACUUCAAGAAAGAAAAGGCAGAGAAGCUAGAGAAGGAACGGCAUCGAAGCCUUGGAAAGCCUUUACUUGGGGGUCCAUUUUCUCUCACGACUCAUACUGGGGAGCCCAAAACUGACAAGGACUACCAGGGUCAGUGGGUAUUGAUUUAUUUUGGUUUCACUCAUUGCCCUGAUAUCUGUCCAGAAGAACUGGAAAAGAUGAUUCAAGUCGUGGAUGAAAUAGAUAGCAUUCCAAGUCUGCCAAAUUUAACUCCGCUUUUCAUCACCAUUGACCCAGAGAGGGACACAAAAGAAGCCAUCGCAAAUUAUGUGAAAGAAUUUUCUCCCAAACUCGUUGGCUUGACUGGCACAAAAGAAGAAAUUGAUCAAGUGGCCAGAGCAUACAGAGUGUAUUACAGCCCCGGCCCCAAGGAUGAAGAUGAGGACUACAUUGAUGUGAAGGGGUCAAGCAUCUGGCAGAUCCACAUGGCCGGCCUCCAGACUGGGCAGGACAAGGGUGACCAGACAGGAUGGAGACGGGGGUACUCGGUCCCGCCGACCUCUGACCAGCGUUUUCUCUCUUCCGAGCUGGGGACGCACCGGCUGCUCUCGCCGAGGCCCCUGACCAAAGAGGGGCGGCCCCAGCGCUCAGGGAUGCCCGGCCCCGGCCCCUGCCACGCAGCCUGGCCGCCCGAGGAAGCUCCUUCCCCGGGGCCCUGCUGUCUUGCUGUCCCGCUGCCCAGCCGCCCAUCCCAGCCCGCCCGGGGCCGCGUAGGACCCGCCUCCAGCCGCAAGGAACCACCUACCGCGCGCCGGCUCCUCGGCGAAGGGCUCCCUGACUAG